UCAAGUAACAGGAAGUUGGAAGGUAGAAACAGCACCUCUUUGAUAGCUCACCCAAAGAACCAAGUGACUUACCAUUAUUUUGAGGACAGCACAAAGAGAACAUCUCAGAAGUGAGGGCUCUGAUUUUUAAUACAAAAGAAACAGUGGAAUUUUUCUUCAUUGGCUGUGAAAAUAAAUCCACAACUUUUGGAGACCCAGGAACACUAUCCAGUCUCUCAGCAGUGUGUUUUAUAAACAUCGGUGGAGAAUCCUCUACGUGGGGCAACUGGAUUGUGUUCAGCCCUGCCUGCUUCAUACUUGGGAGCUGCCAUCUCCCACCUAAGCCAAUGGAUUACACACAAGUGUGCAAGUGUUUCUACCUCAGUUUCUUGGUGCUGGCUGGUAUUUGCUACCCCUGCUCAGGUGCCAGCCAGGUGAUCAAGGCAGUGAAAGAAAUGGUAAUAAUGUCCUGUGAGUACAACAUUUCUGUCGAAGAACUGGAGAGAGUUCGCAUCUACUGGCAAAAGGACCGUGAUAUGGUGCUGAGUGUCACACCUGGGUCAAGGAAAGUGUGGCCCGAGUACAAGAACCGGACCAUGAUUGACAUCACUAACAACCUCUCCAUUGUGAUCCUGGAUCUGCGCCUGUCCGACAUGGGCAAAUAUGAUUGUGUCGUUCAGAAGUUUGAAAAAGGGUCUUACAAACUGGAACACUUGACUUCGGUGACGUUAUCAGUCAGAGCUUACUUCCCUAAACCUAGUAUAACUGCCUCUGAAAUUCCAUCUUCUAACAUUAGAAGAAUAACUUGCUCAACCUCUGGAGGUUUUCCAGAGCCUCACCUCUUCUGGUUGGAAAAUACAAAGGAAUUAAACGCCAUCAACACGACAGUUUCUCAAGAUCCUGAAACUAAGCUCUACAGUGUUAGCAGUGAGUUGGAUUUCAAUGUGACGAGCAACCACAGCUUCGUGUGUCUCAUCAAGUAUGGAGAUUUAACAGUGUCACAGACCUACAACUGGCAAACACCUAAGCAAGAAGAUUUUCUCAACAAUUUACCCUCGCCCCAGACUUCUACAAUCCUACUAGCUACAGGGAUUCCUGCGGUCAUUGUAGUAAUUGCAGUAAUAGGCUACUUGGUCUACAGAUGUGCCCAAAGAAGGAGAGAGAGAAGGAAUGAGGAGGGACUGGAAAUGGAGAGGAUGUCACCUAUCUUUAUAGGAGCUGCAGAAGUAUCAGCUGAACAGAUCGUCUGAAGGUCAUACCUCCAUUUGCAUUUGACUUCUGGGAACUUCUUCAGAUGGCCAGGAUUACUGAGCCUUGCCCUUCACGUAUCCUGUUCUCUAGGAGUUUCUUCACUUCAGUUGCUUUUCUGGAAGUGUCCAGAGGAAUACGGUGGGCACAGAAGUAGCUCCAGUGACCUUGAUCAAGGAGUUUUGAAAGACAGAACUCUUCAGGUCUGGAAGGGACUUUAGUCUCAUUGAUGACAAAGGCACUGAGGCCCAGGGAGGUGGCUUGAAUUAUAAAGGCCAGAGCCAGAACCCAGAUUUCCAGGCUUUGGUGCUCUCUCCCUUCAUCGGUUUGACUCUGGCCUGUUAACUGGUUGUGUGUAUGUAUGACAUCUGUCAAAGUGCUUCUGGAGACAGAAUUCCAACAUCAAGUCAACUUCAGAGACUUGAUCUGAUUUCCUAAUGCAAUUACUAAAGAAAAAUAUUAUGUUGCUAUUUUAAAAAGUCAAAUGUAAUGUGUGGGAAAUAUGACAAUAAGUACAUCUACAUGAAGAUAAUGAAAAUAUUACUGGCAUUUAGCCAGUAUUCCAUUUUUGAGUGUGUUCUCCUUUGUUGUUCUCCCACUUUCCCAUCAGGUGCUGGAGAAAGUAGAACUAUCCAAAACUAAUUUCCUCUGACAUGUAAGUUAAGUGAUUUACAUACCUCAAAACAAUAGUCAGGUUGGAAAGGGAUAGUCUAAAGACACAAUCAACUGGUUCAUAUUGGACUAAUAAUCUCUUUAAAUGGCUUUAUGCUAGUUUGACUCCAUAAUAAAAUAUUUAUGAGAAAGUUCUCGUUGAAAAUGAGCUUGUUUUUUACUGGGUACGUACUAAGCGGUAGGCUACCUUCAAAUGUCUGAGGUGGUAAGAGCAUGCCAGAGGGCCUCCUUAGAUCCCUACCGUUGCUUUUCUUCUUUGGUAUUUCUGGAUUUUUCUGACAGCGGAGAAAUGAAAAGGCAGAAACAGCCAAGUACUGUUUGUAUGUUACUCAUGACUUUUUCUCUGAAACUACCUUCCACAAUUAACUGGACCAGGAGUGAACCCAACUUAAGCUGGGACAUUCAGACAUUCUCAUCUGAAAAUUGGGAGUUGGACAGCAAGAGGUGACCAAGUUUCUCAAAUGUGGAUGGAUUUAAGAUAUUUAAUUUUGGUAUAAGGGAAAAAGAUUAUACUAUACAGUCUAAGAAACUUCUGUAUAACACAUUACAUGCCACCUUGGGUUUAUUUUUAAAACUAAAUCACACACAGGUAGUAAGUUUAUAAGAAUUUAGAACAGAAAAAGACCUCAAGAGAUAAUUAGCUAUAAAACUCAACACACAACACUAUUAUUUUAUUUUAUUUUGAGACAGAGUCUCACUCUGUUGCUCCGAGUAGAGUGUUGUGGUGUCAGCCUAG